AUGAGCACCAUGCGCCUGCUGACACUCGCCCUGCUUUUCUCCUGCUCCUUUGCCCGUGCCGCCUGCGACCCCAAGAUUGUCAACAUCGGAGCCGUGCUGAGCACGCGAAAGCAUGAGCAGAUGUUCCGUGAGGCCGUGAACCAGGCCAAUAAGCGGCAUGGCUCCUGGAAGAUUCAGCUCAACGCCACCUCGGUCACCCACAAGCCCAACGCCAUCCAGAUGGCCCUGUCGGUGUGCGAGGACCUCAUCUCCAGCCAGGUCUACGCCAUCCUAGUUAGCCACCCACCUACCCCCAACGACCACUUCACUCCCACCCCCGUCUCCUACACAGCCGGCUUCUACCGCAUCCCCGUCCUGGGGCUGACCACCCGUAUGUCCAUCUACUCAGACAAGAGCAUACACCUGAGCUUCCUUCGCACGGUGCCGCCCUACUCCCACCAGUCGAGCGUCUGGUUCGAGAUGAUGCGCGUCUACAGCUGGAACCACAUCAUCCUCCUGGUCAGCGACGACCACGAGGGCAGGGCCGCCCAGAAGCGCCUGGAGACGCUGCUGGAGGAGCGCGAGUCCAAGAGUAAAAAAAGGAACUAUGAAAACCUCGACCAACUGUCCUAUGACAACAAGCGUGGACCCAAGGCUGAGAAGGUGCUGCAGUUCGACCCGGGGACCAAGAACGUGACGGCGCUGCUGAUGGAGGCACGGGAGCUGGAGGCCCGGGUCAUCAUCCUCUCUGCCAGCGAGGACGACGCCGCCACCGUGUACCGCGCGGCCGCGAUGCUGAACAUGACAGGCUCCGGGUAUGUGUGGCUGGUGGGGGAGCGAGAGAUCUCGGGGAACGCCCUGCGCUACGCCCCGGACGGCAUCAUCGGACUGCAGCUCAUCAAUGGCAAGAACGAGUCGGCCCACAUCAGUGACGCCGUCGGUGUGGUGGCCCAGGCGGUGCACGAACUCCUGGAGAAGGAGAACAUCACCGACCCACCGCGGGGCUGCGUGGGCAACACCAACAUCUGGAAGACAGGGCCGCUCUUCAAGAGGGUGCUGAUGUCCUCCAAGUACGCCGACGGGGUGACGGGCCGUGUGGAGUUCAACGAGGACGGGGACCGGAAGUUCGCCAACUACAGCAUCAUGAACCUGCAGAACCGCAAGCUGGUGCAAGUGGGCAUCUACAACGGCACCCACGUUAUCCCCAACGACAGGAAGAUCAUCUGGCCAGGUGGAGAGACAGAGAAGCCCCGAGGGUACCAGAUGUCCACCAGGCUGAAGAUUGUGACGAUCCACCAAGAGCCUUUCGUGUACGUCAAACCCACGCUGAGCGAUGGCACAUGCAAGGAGGAGUUCACGGUCAAUGGGGACCCGGUGAAGAAGGUGAUCUGCACAGGACCCAAUGACACGUCACCGGGCAGCCCACGCCACACAGUGCCUCAGUGCUGCUAUGGCUUCUGCAUUGACCUGCUCAUCAAGUUGGCGCGGACCAUGAACUUCACUUAUGAGGUGCACCUGGUGGCCGAUGGCAAGUUUGGCACUCAAGAGCGGGUGAACAACAGCAAUAAGAAGGAGUGGAACGGGAUGAUGGGCGAGUUGCUCAGCGGGCAGGCGGACAUGAUCGUGGCGCCCCUGACCAUCAACAACGAGCGCGCACAGUACAUCGAGUUCUCCAAGCCCUUCAAGUACCAGGGCCUGACCAUUCUGGUCAAGAAGGAGAUCCCCCGAAGCACGCUGGACUCGUUCAUGCAGCCCUUCCAGAGCACACUGUGGCUGCUGGUGGGGCUCUCGGUGCACGUGGUGGCGGUGAUGUUGUACCUGCUGGACCGCUUCAGCCCCUUCGGCCGGUUCAAGGUGAACAGUGAAGAGGAGGAGGAGGACGCGCUGACCCUGUCUUCGGCCAUGUGGUUCUCCUGGGGCGUCCUGCUCAACUCGGGUAUCGGGGAAGGCGCCCCCCGAAGCUUCUCAGCGCGCAUCCUGGGCAUGGUGUGGGCCGGCUUCGCCAUGAUCAUCGUGGCCUCCUACACCGCCAACCUGGCGGCCUUCCUGGUGCUGGACCGGCCCGAGGAGCGCAUCACCGGCAUCAACGACCCGCGGCUGAGGAAUCCCUCGGACAAGUUCAUCUACGCGACUGUGAAGCAGAGCUCGGUGGACAUCUACUUCCGGCGGCAGGUGGAGCUGAGCACCAUGUACCGACACAUGGAGAAGCACAACUAUGAGAGCGCGGCCGAGGCCAUCCAAGCCGUGCGGGACAACAAGCUUCAUGCCUUCAUCUGGGACUCGGCGGUGCUGGAGUUUGAGGCCUCGCAGAAGUGCGACCUAGUGACCACUGGCGAGCUGUUCUUCCGCUCAGGCUUCGGCAUCGGCAUGCGCAAGGACAGCCCCUGGAAGCAGAACGUCUCCCUGUCCAUCCUCAAGUCCCACGAGAACGGCUUCAUGGAAGACCUGGACAAGACAUGGGUGCGGUACCAGGAGUGUGACUCGCGCAGCAACGCCCCUGCUACCCUUACCUUCGAGAACAUGGCAGGGGUCUUCAUGCUGGUGGCGGGGGGCAUUGUGGCCGGCAUCUUCCUGAUCUUCAUUGAGAUCGCCUACAAGCGACACAAGGACGCUCGCCGGAAGCAGAUGCAGCUAGCCUUUGCCGCGGUGAACGUGUGGAGAAAGAACUUGCAGGAUAGAAAGAGUGGUAGAGCAGAGCCCGACCCUAAAAAGAAAGCCACAUUUAGGGCUAUCACCUCCACCCUGGCUUCCAGCUUCAAGAGACGUAGGUCCUCCAAAGACACGCAGUAUCAUCCCACUGAUAUCACGGGCACGCUCAACCUCUCAGAUCCCUCGGUCAGCACCGUGGUGUGAGGCCCCCCGGAGGCGCCCACCUGCCCAGUUAGCCCGGCCAAGGACACUGAUGGGUCCUGCUGCUCGGGAAGGCCUGAGGGAAGC